AUGGUUGCGCCUCCAUCUUAGUUUCCCCUUCAACCGCCGUUUCUCUGUGAUGCUUGCCGGUGUCAUCUCUUCACGUCCGAAAUAUUGGCUUCUCGGUUCACCACUCGCUCACUACGCCUCCGCGGCUCGUCACCGCCACAUCCCAUCGGAUGCCAGUUUUCCGAUCAAACUACUAGUCCCUACGACGGACUGUCUGGACCGUCGCCGAUUUCCUUAUCAUUCUACAGCUGCACGAUUGAAUUUCUCUGCCUCCGGAAUAUCCGCAUCCUUAUGGCAUGCUAUUCUUCCGGCUGGAAAUGGUCACAACCUUACACCGGCCGGCGAGGGCUCAUGGAACGUUGCUUGGGAUGUGCGACCUGCGCGAUGGCUGCACCGUCCUCACACGGCCUGGCUCCUCUUCGGCAUCUGCGCUUGCCUUGCGGCGCCGCCCAUUGAGUUUAACGAUUCCAGUUCGGAGCCUGUCGUCGCCGAUGACAAUAAAAUCAAUGGCAAUUGCACCACCACUAUUUCUGAAAACUCCACAAACUAUAGAAUAACAGUUAGAAGUAUUGCAGGGGUUCCUGCAGAUGGAAGAUGUCUAUUUAGAGCAAUAGCUCAUAUGGUUUGCUUGAGAAACGGAGAGGAGGCUCCUGAUGAGAAUCGACAGCGAGAACUUGCAGAUGAACUAAGAGCUCAAGUUGUUGAUGAGCUCCUGAAGAGACGAAAAGAGAUUGAAUGGUUUAUUGAGGGAGACUUCGACACCUAUGUCAAAAGGAUCCAGAAACCUUAUGUAUGGGGAGGAGAACCUGAGUUAUUGAUGGCUUCUCAUCUUCUUAAGACCACAAUAUAUGUGUUUAUGCUGGAGAGGAGCUCAGACAAACUGUUAAACAUAGCAACAUAUGGUAAAGAGUAUCAACAGGAGGAGAAGAGUUCAAUCAAAGUUCUGUUUCAUGGGCUAAUUGGUGAGCUUCCACUUUAUGUUGGUUCUUUGCAUAGGAGGAUUCAAGUGGUAGGCUGGUUUUGCAUUUUUGUGUAGAUUCGUUUGACAUCAUCUGUUUCGGGUCCAUAUUUCAGUGAACGGGUCAAGGCCAAGGUUCGUUUUUUUUAAGGCAUUUUAAUAGUAAGUAAGUCAAGAAAUAGACUUGUGACGAAGGAAUGGUAAUCAUGUCCUGGAGCACAUUUAGAAGUAAUCGUGGUUUCUUUAAAUUUUUAUGGGAAUUUGGGAAUAAAAUACUUGGUUUGUUUGUUGAAAGUAA